AUGCCGGGGCAGCUGCCGCUGCCGUGGGCGCCGGAGUCGCCGACGCCGGAGGAGGACGCCCGCCUCCGAGCCGCCUACAGCGCGCUCCAGCCGCACGGGGUGGCCAUGUUCGGCCCGUCGCGGGUGGUGCUCGCGCCCGACGCGGCGCCCGCCCUGGCGCGGUGCUACAACACGCCGUUGCACCCGGACGACACGUGGGUCGUGACCCUGCCCAAGAGCGGUGAGGAGACGGGCCGAGGCACCACGUGGACGCAGGAGCUGGUGUGGCUGCUGCUGAACGACUGCGACUUCACCGGCGCGCGGACGAUGCUGAUGCCGGACCGCUGGCACUUCCACGACAUCCAGGUCAUCACAACGGCGGACACGCGCGCCGCCGUGCGGGCCGCGCCCGGGACGCCGUCGAGCCGCAUCUUCUUCGAGCCGAUCGAGGCGAGGCCGCGACCCUGGUUCGUCAAGACGCACCUGCCGCUGCACAUGUGCCCGCCCCGACUGAUCGACACGUGCAAGGUGAUUUACGUCGCGCGAAACCCGAAGGACAUGUGCGUCUCCUUCUUUCACCACCAGCACCUGUUCCGCAAGGCAGCGCCGAGCCUCGGUAUGGAGGAAUUUGUCGACCUCUUCAUCGACGGCCUGACAGUGAGCCUGCCGUACUUCCCUCACGUUCUGGAGGCCUGGAAACAGCGUCAUCACCCCAACAUGCUGUUCCUCUUCUUCGAAGACCUGAAAAAGGAUCUCAGAGGAAGCAUUAUCAAGGUAGCUGAGUUCUUGGGCAAACCAACAACGGAAAAGCAGUUAGACGAACUGGAGCAGCACCUGCACUUCAGGAACCUCAAAGACAAUCCGUGGGUGAACUGGGAGUGGCUCUCCAGCUCGGUAUGGAGUGUCGGUCAGAACAGGAAGUUCAUGAGGAAAGGACAGACGGGAGACUGGAAGAACCACUUCACCCGAGAGUCCGACAGGAAAAUAGAAACCUGGAUGAAAAAAGAGCUGCAAAAUACGGACUUGACAUUUGUAACCGACAUCCCCGAAGGCCAGCAAUGA